AUGUAUGUGGCCAAUUCAGCUAAAAAUGUAUUGGAUGACAGGCUACGUGAAUUACGUGAUCCAUAUAGUGUCAAGUGCUGCAACAAGGAACGGCUACAAGCAGCAAUCGACCGUGUUGAUGUUCUGCUGGUGGAUGUUUCUGACCAACCUUCUGAAAUGAAUCGCAUCAUGGCCGAGGUGCUCGAGUCAACGUCCGAUCUUCUCAAAUGCAUCGUGAUGCAUGCCACUAUGCAGAAACAGCAGCAAGAAGAAGAAAACAUGCCGCUGCAAAGUAGUGUAACAAAGAACGGCGUAUCGUUCUUGAAAGUCGUUAUUCGCAUGAGCCUGACACAGAAAAACCUGCGAAUACUCGAUCGUACGCAAUGCAACGAAGACGAAUCCAAGAUGCAGCGUCUUGAAAAGUUUGUCCAGGAUCAACUGCCAUUUGUGCAGAAGCAGGCGCAUUACGAAGAUGCAAACAAGGGCGCACCGCACGAGCGUCAGAAACAACAACAACAACAGCCGCAGGGGGUCGAUCAUAACAAACAACUACAACAGCAGCACAACCAUUUACCUUUGUAUGAAUCAUCUCCUCCACCUGUGUUGACCAAACAUCAUCUUUCGUCUUUAUCCUCGCACAAAGGACAACGUCGCAUGGAGAAAAACAAAGAAAAGUGCGUCAAGAGCAAAGCGCCAUUGCCACCAGCGCUAUUGCUGUCUACAGUGCAACAGCAGCGCAAGCAAAAGAAAAAACAACGACAGCAACAGCAGCAGCAGCAGCAGCGGAAGAAACACGAACCAGUAGCAAGGACCGCUCAGCCAGCAUCAUUCCAUCUGCUCGAGAAGUUCACUUCGCCCAAUAUCCAAAUCACUCGUAUCAGUAUGCGCCGAGGGAACAACUGCAAUAAUCGUCGCGCUGGCAUGUUCAACAAUGGCAAGUCGUCCAGCAAGGCACGUAAGACUUUGGGUGCUGCCGACUUGGUAUUUUCUGAAACAAGGUUCUUGCGGUCUGCUUCAAAUACGGCGCAGUCCUCCGUAGUCGUCGGUUCUUCUCCUUCGCCUCCCCAUUUUCACCACCACCAGCAGCAGCAAGAGCAUCAGGGACAAGGACAAUACCAGUGUCAUCGCCCGAUGCCAAUCAUCCUACCACCCUUGAUUGCACCACAGCAGCCACAACAAAAGCACACCAAUAAUAGCAGUGUCACAAAUAGGAUGAUGCUUCCACCCAUUGUGCAACAACCUUCACUUCCUCCUCCUCUUUAUCCAUUUGCUUCAGGUACAACAACUUCAGCCGCAGCAGCAGUAGCUCCACAACAGAGUAAGCAUCAACAAGAAAAGAGCGACACAUUGUCCAAAUCCUUUGCAGAUCAUGACAAGACGUGGGAAGAGGGAGUAGAACGGUACAUGGUUGAGGAAUCCUGCAAGCACUAUGACCCGCCGUGCUAUGCACGCGGAAAGACACCUGUCGAUCUCUUGCUACUGGCACAACAGGAGCCCGUUACUGCCAUCAGUGCUUCUGAUGCUGCUGGCUGUAUGGUCAUGCAACACGAUGACAUCAGCAACAACAACAACGAUGGCACCACCUAUAGCAAUAGAUACGACGACGAAGGCAGAGGCUACUGCUAUUAUGACAGCCAUGUUGACGAGGUACGAGAUACAGCAGGGGUGGACGGUGUGUACUACGAGGUCCCGCAAGAACCGCCUGUACUCCGGGUGCCACAACCGCGUCAUGCACUUGCUUCUCUGCUCGAUCAUCUUCCAGCAGCACCAGCGACUACUAUCACUGCAGCUGCACCAAAUGACCCAUUUUAUGAUGAUCACCCACAAUGGCAGCUUCAGCCUUUUUCUUCUGCAUCUCGUAACGAGCAACAACAGCAACAAUACACUGUUGAGAAAAAGUACCAGCAGCAAGACACAGCUGUCCCGUUAUCCAACAGAUACCACCAGCGCCGUGGUUAUCCGUACCAGGAUGAAGAAGGCAUAGACAAAAAGUAUUACUACAGUAGUAGCAGCGCUGGUACUACUAACGACGAACAGCAACAGACAUCGCCAACAUUACAUGGAUAUAAUUAUUCAGCUAGUAUCAUCAGUACUACUACUUCUACUACUACUGGUGAUACUGAAGGUGGAAUAAAAGCUACCAACAACAACAACAACACCACUGAUGCUUCUUCUGAUAUGGAUGACGUGAUGCUGCUAUCCACAUGGAACACUUCUGCUGCUCUCACUACCGCUACCACCACAGACAUCAUGCAACCACCCGACCUGACUUCUUUCUGGCAACAACGUCGCGCAUUUUAA